UUUUUUUUUUUUUCCUUUAUAUUUCUUUAUUUUAUUCUUGUUUCAAUAAAUGGAUUGGUCACAUAUUGAUCUUUGGCUUUUGAAAAUAUAUAAACAAACAAUCUUAAUUCCUAAAUUUGAACGUUCCAAUAAAAAUUAUCAAAUAUUAACAAAACUUGAAAAUUCAAACUUUAAUUCCAUUGAAUUAAUAGAUUAUAUUCUUAGAAACAAAAAUGAUUUUGAAUUAUCAGAUGAAUCUAUACAACAUGUUGAAUCACUUGCAACAAUAGCAAAUGCACUUGGAAUGGAAAAUACUGAAUUAAGCAAUUACAUUACUUCAAUAUCUAAAUUAACAAUUGAUAAAAUGGAAGCAAGUCAUGAACUAACUGCAUUAAUCGAUGUUGAACAUAAAAUAGAUAGUCUUCAAUAUGAGGCAACGUUGGAGUUAGAUAAAAUGAAAAAACUUUUAGAUAAAAUACGAAAAGAGCAUAAUGUGAAUGAACAAAAUAGAAAAGACAAUCGAAUAAUUCAAUCAGUUCAAGAAAAAUCAAAUGAACUUGCAAAUUUACAAAAAACAUAUGAUGAAUUAGGAAUUGAAGAGCAGGAUUUAAGAUUAACAGAUAUUCAUGAACUGGAAUCAAAAAGGAAUUCUCUUGUAAAAGCCAUAAAAGAAAAAGAUGAAAAACUUUUGUCUUUUCAGGGAUUACCAUUGGUAAAUAAUUAUACACAUGUGGUGUAGUAGCUAUUUUUUUCGUUUAAUAAUUCAAUUGUUAGGAUAUGGCACGUGCUUCAAUGAAAAUUAGAGAAACGGAAAAAGAAUUGGAAAAGUUAGAAGUAGAAAGGGAAAACCUGAUUUCAGAUAUUGCAAAGAGUGUACAUUGACUGUCUUGGUAUAAUGUGACUUUUUUUUUGUCAAGUAGACGACACGCAAUUUUGGAGAACUAAACUAUCUCUCCCUCUCCCC